AUGGGUAUCCUCGCCUUCGUCGAGGACAGGCCGACGCCAAAGGAGGUCUACAACUGGCGCGUCUAUACCGCUGCUGCAGUCGCAUCAUGGGCAUCCUGCAUGAUUGGCUAUGACUCUGCCUUCAUUGGCACGACUCUAGCACUUCCUUCCUUCGUCGACGAAUUCAGACUCCGUCCAGAUCAGAUGCCUCCGGCCAAAUUGGCUACGACAAAAGCGAACAUUGUUUCCGUUUACCAGGCCGGUGCCUUCUUCGGUUCUUUCGGUGCAUACGUCUCUAGCUACUACUGGGGACGAAAGAGGAGUUUGAUCGUUUGGAUCCUUCUUUUCAUCGUUGGUGCUGGUAUGAUGUUGGGCGCAAACCGCGAACGAGGAUUGGGUCUCAUCAUUGGUGGCCGUGUUUUGGCUGGUCUGGGUGUCGGUGCUGCUUCCAACAUGGUGCCCAUCUACAUUUCUGAGAUGUCUCCACCGGCUGUACGAGGACGUCUUGUUGGUAUCUAUGAGAUGGGAUGGCAAAUCGGUGGUCUCGUUGGAUUCUGGAUCAAUUACGGUCUUCAGGAGACUAUGGCACCAUCGCAUUCGCAAUGGUUGAUUCCCUUUGCCGUUCAGCUCAUUCCCGCUGGAUGCCUUCUCAUCGGAGCUUUCUGGUUGAAGGAGUCCCCUCGAUGGCUUUUCACCAAAGGCAGGCGUGACGAGGCGGUGAGGAACCUGUGCUGGAUCCGCAAUCUCCCAGCUGAUAACCUCUACAUGGUUGAGGAAAUUGCCGCCAUCGAUGCUCAAAUCGAGCAUGAUCGUAUCCACAUUGGACCCGGAUUUUGGAGGCCAUUCGCCGCGUUGAAGGAUAAGAAGGUUCAGUGGCGUUUCUUCCUCGGUGGAAUGCUCUUCCUCUGGCAGAACGGUUCUGGAAUCAAUGCCAUCAACUACUAUUCUCCCACCGUUUUCAAGUCGAUCGGCAUCACAGGUGCCAGCACAGGUUUUCUCACCACCGGUAUCUUUGGAGUUGUCAAGACUGUUGUCACUUUCUUCUGGCUGCUCUGGCUCAUCGACCGCCUUGGACGCCGCAAUCUCUUGAUGAUUGGUGCAGCUGGAGGUUCCGUCUGCAUGUGGAUUAUCGGUGCAUACAUCAAGCUCUCAGGAGCUGGCAAGACCACAAUCUCCACUAACGGCAAGCUCCCACCAGGCGGCAUUGCUGCAAUUUUCUUCUUCUACCUCUGGACCGCUUUCUACACUCCGUCUUGGAAUGGAACUCCUUGGGUUAUCAACUCGGAGAUGUUCUCGCAGCAUACGCGUUCAUUGGGCCAGGCAUCGGCUGCUGCCAACAACUGGUUCUGGAACUUCAUUAUCUCCCGUUUCACCCCUCAGAUGUUCAACACAAUGGGCUACGGAGUAUACUUCUUCUUCGCUUCGCUCAUGAUUCUAUCUAUUCCUUUCGUGUACUUCCUCAUUCCCGAGACCAAGAGUAUUCCUCUUGAGCACAUGGAUGAGCUCUUCUCUCUGAAGCCAGUGCACAAGGCACAUGGAGUCAUGAUGCAGAAGCUUUUCGAGCGCGAGGAGGAGUUUAGGCAUGAUGCCGAGGGUGCAGGCUUGACUGUUGAGAAGACUAAGCAGGCCGAGAGAGUUGAGAGUGUUUAA